AUGUUAUCACUGCGACAGAUAUUUAUAAGCAAGGUAGCUUAUCGCUCUCAUGUCUUUAAGUUCUAUAUACAUGUGAGGUGCGUGAAAGAGCCGCUUGUUCUUCAGUUACACCGUCCAAAGUGCCACGACCAUACCCUAACACUAAUCCGUAGAUUGACUUCCUUCACUCGUAAUGCUUGUGGAUUGGUCGACGAAUGGUCCCCUACGUAUAUUUGUCUCCGAUGUGAUUUCGUCGUCCACAAAAAGUGUAUCUAUUUACCACGCGUCAUCAGGAUCUCCCGUCACCAACAUCGCCUAUCGUAUGCUUCUUCUUUCCUUCCGACCGAAGCUCGGUUUUGUGGGGUUUGUCGGAAAGCCAUUGACAACAAUUUUGGACCCUACUCCUGCAACAAAGGCUGCCGUUACACCGUCCAUUCGAAAUGUGCAACGAUGGACGAUGUGUGGGACGGGAAAGAUCUAGAGGGAGUGGCCGAAGAAGCAGAGGAAGAUGUCACACCGUUCGAGGUUAUAAAUGAUAAAGUGAUACGUCAUUUCGGUCACAGACAUCAUCUUCUGAACAUGGUCGAGCAUAAUAAAGUCGAUGGACAUUGCCAAGCAUGCUGUCUUCCCGUCCGUAUUCAUGUCGGCUCUUUCUACAGUUGUACAGAGUGCGAUUUCAUCCUCCAUGAAAGAUGCGCCAAUCUAGAUAGAAAAGCAUGGUUCAUGAUACAUCCACACCGUCUUGAACUAAAGACCACCGCAAAAACGUAUUUUGAAUGCCACGUUUGUGGUCAGACGAGUUGCGGCUUCAGAUAUAAGUGCUGCGAAACUUACUGUGAGUUCGAAAUAGAUGUGAAUUGUGCUUCGGUUUCUGAGCCGUAUCUCCAUGAAACUCAUGCUCAUCCUCUAUUCUGUACGAUGAUGUCCUCGGUCCGACGUGCCUGUUUGGGGUGCAGAGGAGAAGACACGUAUCGAAAGAUGGAAUGCAGCGAAUGUGAAUACGUUUUGGAUUUCAAGUGCAUCACUUUACCACCCAUGGUAAGGUACAAGCAUGAUAGGCAUCCCCUCAUUCUUCAUGGUGGUGAAGAUACGACAUGUGGAUACUGGUGCGAGAUCUGCGAAAGGAAAAUGGAUGCUGAGAGAUUGUUCUACGCAUGUGACGAUUGCUGUGUUACCGUCCAUGUGGAAUGCGUGCUCGGACUGGAUCCACACAUGAAGCCAGGCCUUUAUCCCGGCAUGACAAUCGAAGCCAACACCAGUUGUUCCAGACCCAUAUGCCAUAAAUGUAAGCGUCGUUGUCCGUAUCCCAUUCUCUUCAAGAAAAAAGGCCUGCUUUAUUGUAGUCUCUAUUGCCGCCGAGGAUAUACAAGGCGCUUACCGCCAUUUGCGGCUUGA